CGGCGCGGCGCGGCGCGGCCCGCCAUUGUAGGGGCAUGGAGGGCGAGAGCACGUCGGCCCUGCUCUCGGGCUUUGUCUUCGGCGCCCUCGCCUUCCAGCACCUCAGCACCGACUCGGACACGGAAGGUUUCCUUCUUGGAGAUGUGAAAGGCGAAGCCAAGAACAGCAUUACUGACUCGCAAAUGGACGAUGUUGAAGUUGUUUAUACAAUUGAUAUACAGAAGCAUAUUCCAUGCUACCAGCUGUUCAGCUUUUAUAAUUCUGCAGGAGAAGUGAAUGAACCUGCCCUGAAGAAAAUACUGUCAGGCUGCAAAAAGAGCAUAAUAGGAUGGUACAAAUUCAGACGCAAUACAGAUCAGACAAUGACAUUUCGAGAAAGACUUCUUCACAAGAAUUUACAGUCACACUUGUCAAAUCCAAGCCUUGUAUUCCUUCUACUAACUUCCAGCGUGAUGACAGAAAGUUGUUCUACUUACAGACUGGAACAUGCUUUACACCGACCACAAGAAGGUCUUUUUCAGAAAGUUCCUCUAGUGGUUACUAACUUGGGUAUGGCAGAACAGCAGGGCUACAGAACAGUGUCUGGUUCCUGUAUAUCUGCUGGCUUUGUGAGAGCAGUAAGACAACACAGGUCAAAUUUCUUUUGUGAAGAUGGAUCUUUACAAGAGGUUCAUAAGAUAAAUGAAAUGUAUGCCACCUUGCAGGAAGAACUAAAGAACAUAAGCUCUACUGUAGAGGUCAGUGAACGAUCUGUAGAAAAGCUCUUGGCAGAAGUGAGCCAGUUAAAAGAAGAAAUAAAGAGAAAGAAGCAACACAAAGAUUCUAUGGGAGAGGACAAAAAUCAGCCAGGAGAGCCAAAGGAGAAUUUUUUCCUAUGUCAGGCUUUGCAAACAUUUUUUCCCAAUUCUGGACUCCAGACAUGCAUUGUUUCCUUAAAAGGUAGGCAGAUAUUUAAGAACUGCUGUAACACCAACCAUAAUAUUAACAUUGUAGACAAACUGACUCUUAUGGUAGAGGAAAGAGACUUCACUGAAGCUGAAACAAGACAAUUAACCAAGCGUAAGUUGAGAGGGACCACAGCAGGACCAAAAUCAUUGAAGAAAUCAAGAUCACUGCAGCUUCACCAAAAAUUACUUCAAGACCAAGAGGACAGUGACCAGGAAAGGAAGCUUACACUAAGUAGUACUGAAACAGAUGAGGAGGUGUUGGAAAAACUGAAGGAUACAACUGAGUAUCCACACUCUCCCACUUUCUGAUCACUUAGCUCAGUGAUUUGUCCAGCUCACUAAAACUGCACCAAGAACUACUGCUAGGUUGUUAGAAUUGUCUCUUACCGAUUUUACUACUGCAGGGAUAAAAAUGACUUUCCGAAUUUCUGAAGGAUAUACUUACUUUGAAAUGCAUAAAUCUGAGUUGGCAUAUGCAGACCAGAGUCCGAAUCACAUUUCCUCAUUUUGCCUUCCAGAGUUAAGUUUAUUCUCUUCUCUCUCAGGGUUUAAAUACUACACUAGUAUCACUGCUUACUCCCUACAUGCCACAUACUGUCUCAGUAAUACAACUUCAAGCUACUGCUGAAAAACCAAUAGCAUGCCUUGGAUAAACCUUUUCUCAACAGAAGGUGUUAAAGAAAGAGUAUUAAGUCAACCCAGUUAACAUAAUAGAAACAGUUGUUGACAUAUCAGCUUACAUACUUCUAUCUAUUCUUAGCGAUCCAGUACUGCAUCAGCUUCCCACCUGCUUCCAAUCCAGAUAGGGAAAACCAGCAGUUUCACUUUGAACCUUAGAAAAAGUCACCUAACAGGACAAGUGGUCCAUACAGUUCAGGAUUUUGCUAUGACAUUUAGCCUUCAUAGUUCUUUCAAUUAGAGACUUAACUCUCCAUAAAGAGAUUAACAUCUCUCCUUCAACCAGUCAUGUUUUAUGCCAGCCAACUGCAUUUUUAGUAAAAGCUCUAUUAACAGCAAUAAAAAGUUUUAUUGUUUAUUUCUUCACAGUACAUAUUACUCUGGAUACUUGACAUUACAAAUCUUGGGAUCCAUAAGAAAUGCUGGGUUCUUAAACAUAACUGGCAUAAAUCCUGUAAAAAAAAAAUAAGAUUUAGGGUUUAUUAAUAAAAUAUACGCUUGACUUUAGGAAGAGUCCAGUUAUAAUCAUACUUACCAAAUACAUGAGCUCUUUUAAUAGCUUUUGCAAUCUCUUUCUGUUUCUUGUUACACAAACCUGCAUAGAUAAAACAUUUUUAGCCUCUACCUGCACAAUAAUCAAAUAGUUUUAGAGAAAAUACUGCUAUUCCUUCUAGCUUUUUUAAAAUCUUCCUAGAAAACACAACUGCUUAUACAAGCUGUUAAGCUAUAGAAAAAGAUGAUUAUCAAAUAUUUUCUUUCCAGGAUUAUGAAAGUUACCAAGAGCAGUAUUUUCCAAAGAAUAUAUCCAGCCAUUGCUCCACUUUCAGAAACAUAGCCAAAACAAAAUUACUUGACACAUAACAGUCUUAACAGUGACUGAACACUGAAUCAGUUAAAUAUUAUACUUACCCGUUAUGUGCCUGCCAUAAACACGACCAGUAUGUGGAGAAACAAACUGAGAGAGAAGCUAUUAAAAAAUAAGAUCAGUAUCACUUCCUUAAAAACUUUAAGCUUUUUUCAAAACCUGUUUUCACUGUAGUACUAUUCUAUUUUUCCUUUAUGAAUCUGUUCUUACAGUACCUUAGGUCAUCUUUUUUCAAAGGAGAAAAGUUAUUUAUGCUAGAAUUAAAUACUGAAUAAAUGCUAGUUACAACAAACAUAUAGGGCUACUGGGUUGAA